CAAAGUUCAAAAAGUCAUAUACAAUGAAAAAGAAAAUAAUGCACAUGUAGUUUGACUAUUUUGAGCGAAUAAUUCGACCUUUUGCAAACAAAAAGACGCCAAAGACACAAUUCAGUACUGUCUAUACAAAGUACCCUCUGGAAAAAAAGAAGAAAAAAAAACAUCAUGGGUUCAGGAAAUUGUAUGGAUAGGAAGCAUUAUGUUCUGGUGCAUGGGGCUUGCCAUGGAGCUUGGUGUUGGUAUAAGCUCAAGCCACUCUUGGAAUCUGCAGGACACAAGGUCACAGUGCUUGAUCUUGCAGCUUCUGGCAUCAACAUGAAGAGAAUAGAAGAUGUUGUUACUUUCUCAGAGUAUUCUGAACCUUUGUUGCAGCUAUUGGCCACACUUGCCCAAAAUGAGAAGAUAGUUCUAGUUGGCCACAGCCUUGGAGGACUCAGCAUAGCACUUGCAAUGGACAAAUUCCCAGAAAAGGUAGCUGUUGCUGUUUUCUUAACAGCUGUAAUUCCAGACACUGAACACAAACCAUCCUAUGUCUUGGAAAAGUACAUCGAGAGUAUCCCGGCGGCAGAUUGGUUGGACGCUGAAUUCUACCUUAGUGGAAACAAAACAAUAGUUGUUUUUGGACCCAAACUUUUGUCUCACAAACUAUACCAAGCCUCCUCCAUUGAGGAUAUAGAAUUGGCCAAGACUUUGUUAAGGCCAGGGUCCCUUUUUAUUGAAGACUUGUCCCAGCAGAAUAACUUCUCCAAAGAAGGAUAUGGUUCAGUUCCUCUUACUUUUAUUAUUUGUACCGAAGACCUUGGAGUUCCAUUGAAUUUCCAGCUUUGGAUGAUCCAAAAUGCUGGAAUCAAGGACGUUCUAGAGAUUAAAGGUGCAGAUCAUAUGCCUAUGCUUAGCAAGCCCCAACAACUAUGUGAUUCUCUCCUGCAUAUAGCUAAUAAAUAUGCAUGAAGCUAUGCAAACUUAUCAUUAGAAUUGUACCCCAGUUGGUGAACAAAUGAAUAUUUUCAAAUAAAUGUGGGUUCUGUGCAUUGUUAUGAAUAAAUCGUAUUCACUAAAACCUUUUUUUCUUU